CCGAUGCACUGUAGGAGUAAAGAUAUCGAACCACUGCCAGUGACCAUUGGACGAGUCGCAAUACAUCGCUUCUCCGUAGUUGGACCACUAUCUGUUAGGACGUGUAUUCUUUUGACGGUACGCAGGACCGAAUAUGGGCCCUCAUAAUCUACUUAAAUAUUAUCGAUAAUAUCACACCAAUAAUCACGGCGCCUACAGCGCAAUGGAAAACCUCGACCUGAUAGGACACCGACGUCGCUGGCGUUCUGUCAUGUCUGCACCAUGUCAGGUUGAUAUGACAAUCGGCGAGCUUGCCAGGGCAGUUCUUCUGGGACCGUACACAAGCUCUAAUGCCACAACGACGCAGGCUGUCAGAGCAAGGUGGUAUAGACAAGCACCAGAGAAUACUCCACUCGGGGAAACUGGACCAUCUGUAUCAAGGUCAUUGGCUAGCCCUGUGCUAAUCGACGUGCUCCACAGGGACGGGAAAACAGUGCUGAAGGAUGGCUCGGUUAAUAUUCGGGACUGGUCAUCCCAUGGCUGGAAUCUGGAGUUCAAAGGCGGCGCGAAAUCCCCCUGUCGUCCAAACCGUGCUGUGAUUGUGAUUCGAGGAGAAUCCAACUACGUGGUCGAGACCAACGAUAGGAGGUCGAGGGCGUGUGGGUCAAGACGGAGGAAGGUCUGUAGGAGGCUGCGGCACUGGUCCACCGCGAAUAGAUUAAAUCCCAGGCUUAGUUUCCGGAUGCCAAAUGCCGUCUGCCGGGAGCCUGGGAAUUAUGCCGAAGAGCCAUAUCUUCCGUAGUCUUCUACAGGAAACAUCUCCACGGCUCAGUCCCCGACUGGUGGAGAAUGUAGAACAAUGUCGCUCAAGCAUGGUGAUUAAGGGGAUGCGCUGUUCCAGAGUCAGACAAGA